AUGGCUGCGGCGGCGGCGGCGCUGCGGGCACCGGCGGCUCGCCGCCCGCUCCUCGUCGCCUCCACCCUCCUCCGCAUCGGGCGCUACCUCUCCUCCACCACACUACCCCCACCACCGCCACCGCACCAACCCAACACUCUCGCCGCCGAGCUCCUCCGCCUCCUCUCCGCCGCACCCUCCUGGACGCCGGACCUUGCCGGCGCCGUCUCCUCCUCCCUCUCCGCCGCCUCCGCCUCCGCCGCCGACGCCGUCAUACCCGUUCUCCGGUCCCUCAAGAACCCCUCCCUCGCCGCUCCCUUCUUCCUCGCCACCUCCGCCGCCUCCCCGCACCCGCUCCCCGCCGACGCCUACAACGCCGUCCUCCCGUUCCUCUCCCACGACAUCGCAGCCAUGGAGAGAGUUCUCGAGGAGAUGAGCGUCCUUGGGUACGGCGUUCCCAACCCCGCCUGCGCCGACCUUGUCGCGGCGCUCGUCCGCGCCCGCCGCCUCGACGACGCCGAGCGCGUGAUUGCGGCCAUGAGGCGGCUCAAGUUCCGCCCGGCGUUCUCGGCGUACACUGUGCUGAUCGGCGCGAUGGCGGAGGCCAGGCGGCCUGAACGCGCGCUCGAGCUGCUGCGGCAGAUGCAGGAUGUCGGGUACGAGGUGGGCAUGCCGCUGUUCACGACGCUGGUGCGGGCUUUGGCCCGUGAGGGCCGCGUCGAGGGAGCCCUGGCACUGGUAGACGAGGUGAAGGGGAGCUGCGUCGAGCCUGACAUUGUGCUGUACAAUGUGUGCAUUGAUUGUUUCGGGAAGGCUGGGAAUGUGGACAUGGCUUGGAAGUUCUUCCACGAGUUGAAGUCGCAAGGUCUGAAGCCAGAUGAUGUUUCGUACACGAGUAUGAUCUGGGUGUUGUGCAAGGCAGGGAGGCUAAGUGAGGCUGAGGAGCUGUUUGGCCAGUUUGAGAAUGCCUAUAAGCUUCUUGAUCAGUUAAAGGAGAGGGGUUGUAUUCCAUCCGUUGUGUCAUUUAAUUCGAUUCUCACUUGCCUUGGGAAGAAGAGGAAAGUUGAUGAGGCAUUGACCUUGUUUGAGGCCAUGAAAAAGGAUGCAGAGCCAAAUUCCUCGACAUAUAACAUCAUCAUUGAUAUGCUUUGCAUGGCUGGAAAGGUAGAGGAGGCCUAUAUGAUACGGGAUGAGAUGGAACGCGCUGGUUUGUUCCCUAACCUGUUGACAAUGAAUAUAAUGGUUGAUAGGCUCUGCAAAGCAAAGAAGUUUGAGGAGGCCUAUGAGAUGUUUGAAACUGCAAGUCAGAGAGGUUGCAAUCCUGAUUCUGUGACUUAUUGUUCUCUUAUUGAUGGAUUAGGAAAGAAAGGAAAUGUUGACGACGCGUAUAGGUUAUUUGAGAACAUGCUAGAUACAGGCCACAAUGCUAACCCUGUUGUUUAUACAUCCUUGAUAAGGAAUUUCUUCAUUCAUGGGAGGAAAGAAGAUGGACACAAAAUCUUCAAAGAGAUGAAUCGUCGAGGAUGCCAGCCUGAUGUUACCCUACUGAAUACAUACAUGGAUUGUGUUUUCAAAGCUGGUGAUGUUGAAAAGGGAAGGACGAUAUUUGAGGAUAUCAAGGGUUAUGGCUUCCUUCCGGAUGUCCGAAGUUAUUCCAUUUUGAUUCAUGGUCUCACAAAAGCUGGCCAGGCUAGGGAAACUUCCAGCAUUUUCCAUGCCAUGAAGCAGCAAGGUUUUACUCUUGAUGCUCGGGCUUAUAAUGCUGUUGUUGAUGGGUUCUGCAAAUCUGGAAAGGUGGACAAGGCCUAUGAAGUUCUUGAGGAGAUGAAGGUAAAACGUGUACCUCCUACAGUUGCUACAUAUGGAUCAAUUAUUGAUGGUUUAGCUAAGAUUGAUAGGUUAGAUGAAGCUUACAUGCUUUUUGAGGAAGCAAAAUCAAAAGGAAUAGAAUUAAAUGUUAUUGUGUAUAGCUCUCUCAUCGAUGGGUUUGGAAAGGUUGGUAGGAUAGAUGAAGCUUAUUUAAUAUUAGAAGAGAUGAUGAAGAAGGGUUUGACACCAAAUGUUUACACAUGGAACAGCCUUAUGGAUGCUUUAGUGAAAGCUGAAGAAAUCAAUGAAGCACUUAUUUGUUUCCAGUCAAUGAAGGAAAUGAAAUGUUCCCCAAACACUUACACAUACAGUAUUCUUAUAAAUGGCCUUUGCCGUGUACAGAAGUACAAUAAGGCUUUUGUGUUCUGGCAAGAAAUGCAGAAACAGGGAUUGGUCCCUAAUGUUGUGACUUACACAACCAUGAUUGCUGGGCUUGCAAAGGUAGGGAACAUAACAGAUGCUUGCAGUCUCUUUGAGAGGUUUAAGGCCAAUGGUGGAAUCCCUGAUGCUGCAAGUUUCAAUGCUCUUAUAGAGGGAAUGAGCCAUGCAAAUAGAGCAAUUGAGGCAUAUCAUGUAUUUGAAGAAACUCGAUUACGAGGAUGUAGAAUUAAUGUAAAGGCAUGCAUCAGUCUUCUAGAUGCUUUAAACAAAGCUGAAUGUCUUGAACAUGCUGCUGUUGUAGGUGCAGUUUUGAGAGAGAUUGCCAAGUCCCAGCAUGCUUCUAGAUCGUUUUAA